AUGACUUCACGAACUGACCGUCCUUCAAUUGUAGGACCCGAAUCCCCACAGCAGCCCUACCCUUUGUUUUCAGAUACAGUUGUAGUGGCAGGUUUUGGGCGUGGAUCAUCUGACUUAGGAAUUCCUACAGCAAAUAUUCCACCUGAUUCGUACGAACCUGUGCUUAAGGCAACUACAGGUUAUGAAGCUUCAGACACCGGAAUCUAUUACGGGUAUGCGCGAGUGGACGUUGGAAACGCAAAGGCUCUUUCUGCUUGCGAAGAACGAAAUAAAGAGUAUCUUAAAGAUAGAGGUGGAUCUAAUGGUAGCAUAGUCAAUCCUCAAGGACGUGACAUUGAUUUUACUUUUGGAGCCAGUUUGAGUGAUAAGGAUGCUGGGGUUGUUUACCCAAUGGUAAUGAGUGUUGGAUGGAACCCAUUUUAUGGGAAUUCCAGUAGAAGUGCAGAAAUUUACAUUAUGCACAAGUUUGGUGGUCCAUUUUACGGUGCGCGAAUUCGGUACGUUGUUUUGGGGUACAUAAGACCGGAGCUUGACUACGUGUCUGUUGAAGCUUUGAUUGCUGAUAUUAACACAGACGUGCAAGUUGCUGAACGGUCCUUAGCUAGAAAGGAAUAUUCCAAGUACAAGGAUGAUGCGUUCUUUAGAUAG